GUGGGGCCAGACGACCUUCCCCUCACUCUCUGUACGAGGUACAGUCCCACCACUCCCAGUAGAACUCCAAUAGUUAGAAAUGCAGCACUGCACACCACACCGAUGACUAUGGCUGUUGUCUUACUGAUAUCAUCAGGUUCUGCCGAAAUAGAGUGAGCAUAAUGAUUCUUCUGUCUCCACACAUUGAGGAGUGGUACCAUUCCAGAGGCCACUAGACAGACAUUCUCUGGUAGUGUCUCCCUCUAGACUAUAGCCAUCAUCACAGAAGUA